AUGACACGAUCGUUCAGCGCCCUCUUCCACAAGCGGCGGCUAAGCUUCGUGCGCAGCUGGGACCUCUAUCUCGUUUUCUUCCUGGGGCCUCUUGCGAUUUUAGCGCUGGCUACGUGGCUCGCACCACAAGAGAGCCUAUUGAAGACUCUUAAGCAGCAGGAGCAGACCCUGGACAUCCCGAUCAGACUGAGCACCCACUUCCCGGACUCCACAGUCGUACUCGGCGAGUCACCGGCAACAGAUGUGAGCAAAGCACUAGGGGUGCUCAUUGAGUCCCAAGGCUGCACCGUGCGCACCACUAAAGAUGUCAUGAAGGAGCUCAGCGACAUUAUUGAAGAUGACUUCGCAGGCUACAUCAUGACGUAUCCAAUGGCCGUGGCUUUUCAGUCUAACACCAUACGCAUGAUGCCCAACCCGACGAGCGCCGCCACAUCUCCGAUCAUCAUGAACCUUGUGUACACCGCCUGGUUGCGAGUACUCGCGGCGCAGCCGACGCUGCAGAACAACAUCACGGUCACUUACCUGGUCGCCAUUCCGUACCAGCCCCUAGCCCUCGUUUUUAUAUCGAGAUUAAAGGGCUGGUUGUACUGGGUGAUCGAGGCGGCGCUGACCUACACGAUGUCCUUCGCCGCGUACGCCUCGUUUCCUGUGGACGAGCGACUGAGCGGCGCUCGGGACGUGCAACUCAUGACGGGCAUCUUUGGCACAGAGUUCAUCUUUGCCCACUUCGUGUUUGACUUCCUUUGCCACUUCAUCUACUGUGUGUCAUGGUGCUUCAUUCACUACAUCUUCAGCUUCUACUCGUUAGGCACAGCCGCUCUUCUGUUCAGUGCCCUUUUGUCAUUUGGGCCAGUGGCUAUUGGCAUUUGCUACGUGAUGGCGGAGUACUCGAGUGCUUCAGGUUCUGCAGUGGCCACGGUUUUCCUACUGUUCUAUAUCGGAGGUGCCAUCGUCACCGCAGCAAGCACAUUCUUUACCAUCAUGGAGCUGCCCGAAUAUACGCAAGUCCUUCUGUACGCCGUGCCUCCAUACGCUCUUCUGUCCCUGCUUAACAAGAUAUGGAACAAUGAGGACAAGAGCCUCCAGUGUAUCGGACCAAACUGCGAGGAAGGCUUGCUCGAGUUCAACACCGACGGAGUGGGCUUCGAGUUUUCCUUCCUACUUGCUGAAGGCCUGCUGUUCUUGGCGUUUAUGAUAUUCAAGACGUCGGGUUACUUGAGUGCCGGAGACAACUUCCCGGGCAAGGAGGAAGCCGCCGACAAGGACGUCGCUGAUGAGAGGAAGAAAGUGGAGGCUGCGAUUCAGAAAGGAGACUACAUCACCAACUCCAUGCUAGUAUGGAGGUUGCACAAACACUUCGGGGACUUGCACGCCGUCCGGGGAAUCUACGUGGCACUGCAGCCGUCCGAGUGCUUCGGCCUCCUCGGAGUCAACGGCGCCGGCAAGACCACCACGUUCCAGAUGCUGGCCGCGCUUAUCAGUGCGUCGUACGGCGACGCUAGCACUGCGGUGGCCAAGCUCAGCGCCAACGCCCGCAGAUGGCAGUCGCAGGUCAGUUACUGCUUCCAGCUUGGCGGACUGCUGGACAGACUGAACGCCUACGAGUACCUGUACCUGGUCGGUCGGCUUCGAGGCAUCGCAGAGAGCGACUUGAUACCCAUGGUGGAGAACGUUAUAUCAGUCGUAGAUCUCAGGGAACAUGCUUUGAAGCAAUGCGGAGUCUACAGUGGAGGCAACCGGAGGAAGUUGUCCAUAGGCGCUGCGCUGUUGGGCCUCCAGCCGUUCGUCUUUCUGGACGAGCCGUACGCUGGUGUGGACGUCGUUUCUCGAAACAAGAUUUUUCGAGCCAUCGCCGAGGUCAAGAAGCGCUCGAAGACCACUUUCGUGCUGACGUCCCAUAAUGUGUACACCACAUAUCUGUCUGCCCACAGCAUGGACGAGUGCGAGUUUUCCUGCGACCGCAUUACGAUCAUGGUCGCGGGCCACAUGAUGUGCCUGGGCACACUCCAGCACCUGCGGGAGAAAUUCGGCAAGGGCUUCCGGCUGGAGUUCCUACUCAAGCACACUGCCGCAGCCGAUGCGCCAAAGCUUAAUGCAGCAGUGCAACAGCUCUUCAAAGGAAUAGAAUUAAAACAAUGUCUCCAGAACCUGCUCUCCUAUCACCUUGCGGUGAGAGUGCCCUGGAGCGAGAUCUUCACCAAGGUGGUGGGCCUCGAGAAAAACUUCCAACUGGAGCACGCUCUGGUCGCGGAGAACACACUGGAGGACAUAUUCUUGAACUUUGCCAAAGCUCAAGAAGCAGCCCCAGAGUCGGCUACUGGGGAUGCUACCGCUUCAACAGCGACCUCGAAGCAGUCGGCCGCCACAGCAGCCUCACCGACCGCUACCGCCUCCGCAGUCCCCACGUAA